AUGGAGCCCGGCCAGGCCCCGGUGACCCCCUCCGCCGCCCCCGUGCCCGCACCCGCCCCCGGCCCUGCAGCGCCCGUGCCCGCCCCCGCCCCCGCCCCCGCCCCCGCCCCGCGCCUCCCGCCACCGGCCACCUCGACCGACGCCGUCGUGGCGGAGAUGGUGGCGGCCACCCAUGUCAGCCAAAAAUGGAGGCGGGCGGGCACCCACCUCGUGCCGAGCAAGCCUCCCGUGCCCGCCCCCGCGGCGAAGCCGGCAAAACCGGCGGGGGAGGCGGCGAAACCGGCGAAGCCCGGCAAGCCGGCAACCUCCACCGCGGCUGCUACCAAGCGCAAGGAGAAGGCAUUGCUCGACGACGCGGAGGUGAACAUCACGUCUCCUCCACUUGCUUCCUUCGACUUCCAUGUUGAGGAGCCGACGGUUGAGGAGGGGGAGGCCGGUGAGGAGGAGGAGGCGGGUGAGGAGGACGAAUAA